AUGUUGCUCCCCAAGGGUGGCGUCACAUGGAAAUCGGCGCGCGCCAGAUUACCGCCAUGGCGAGCGGUCGUGGUGUUGUUGACUAGGACUCGUUUCCUGGUGUCCCUCGCUGCGACGGGCUUGAUUGUGCUUUUAUGGCGUGGUAUCAGCAGCUCGGCUGCGGAAAUGCAGAGCUUUUACUGCUAUGGACCGUCCAAGUCCCCUAUGCAAAUGACCCUUAACGAAAUGAACGACUGGAACGCACACCUCCAGACGCCAGUCGGCUUCAACCGCCACGAGCCCUACGAUGUGAACUCGACCUCGAUCUCGUCCGUCGACCUGAACCCGAUCAAGUCGACCCCCAAGGCCGCCGCCAACGGCGAGCGUAUCUUGAUCCUCACCCCGCUGCGCGACGCGGCUCCGUACCUGCCCAAAUACUUUGACCUCUUGUCCGAACUAACCUACCCGCACGACCUGAUCGAUUUGGCCUUUUUAGUCGGCGACUCGACCGACGACACCCUGGCCGUGCUGGGCUCCGAGCUCCAGCGCAUUCAGGAUCAGGUUGAUGAGAAAGUCGCGUUCCGUAGCGCCGUCGUUGUUCAAAAGGAUUUUGGUGCGGAUGUUGAGAUGGAUAUCAAGGAGAAGCAUUCGUUCGAGGCCCAGGGCCCCCGCCGCAAGGCCAUUGCGCGCGCCCGCAACUUUUUACUCUACUCGGCUCUCAAGCCCGACCACUCGUGGGUUUACUGGAGAGAUGUGGAUAUCGUCGAUAGCCCGAAGAAGAUUUUGGAAGAUUUUACGGCUCACGACAAGGACAUUCUCGUGCCUAACAUCUGGUUCCACCGUUACGAAAAUGGUAGGGAUAUCGAAGGAAAAUUCGACUACAACUCCUGGAUCGAGUCAGACAAGGGCCGCCGGCUGGCCGACUCUCUUCCAAAGGACACCAUCCUCGCCGAGGGUUACAAGCAGUACGAUACCGGCCGCACAUAUCUCGUGAAACUCGGCGACUGGCGGAAAAACAAAGACGAGGAGGUGAGCCUCGAUGGGGUUGGUGGCGUGAACAUUCUGGUCAAAGCCGAUGUCCACCGAGCUGGUAUCAACUUCCCCUCUUAUGCAUUUGAAAACCAGGCAGAGACCGAAGGAUUCGCCAAGAUGGCCAAACGCGCAGGCUACGAGGUGGUUGGUCUUCCCAACUACGUAGUCUGGCAUAUCGACACGGAAGAGAAACCGGGUAACCUCGGAGGUCGCAAAGCAUACUGA